AUGAUCGCAACCGGCGUGCUCGGAGUUGUCAUGGUGUUAGUGCUCGUGACUCUAAUCCCGGUUUUAGUGAACGCCGCCGGUAAUGACGCGCGCUAUGAAAUGCUCGGGUCCUGUAGAAUGCUUUGUGAUUCCUACGGAACGAAGACUCCAGCAUCCGAAACAGCGGGUAACCCCCGCGAAAACCGUUUGGUUCAAUCACCACCAACCUUUAUACGUGGUCCAAAAGGAGAGCCCGGACGCACUGGAAGGAUUGGUCCGAGAGGUUUGCCUGGUCCACCCGGACCACCUGGACCACCGGGAGCAAUUGGAGAACCCGGGCCGCCCGGUUUACCCGGUCCGCCGGGUGCCAACGGUGCAACCAGUGCCAUAAGCGCAGCAACAUACAGUACCGUCCCCAGAAUAGCCUUUUAUGCGGGGCUGAAAAAGCAGCACGAAGGUUACGAGGUUCUGAAAUUCGAUGAUGUGGUUACCAAUUUAGGUAACCAUUAUGACCCAACGACGGGAAAAUUCACCUGUUCCAUACCAGGCAUUUACUAUUUCGUUUACCACGUGCUGAUGCGAGGAGGUGAUGGAACCAGCAUGUGGGCUGAUUUGCGUAAAAACAACCAGGUGAGGGCGAGCGCAAUUGCGCAGGAUGCCGACCAAAACUAUGAUUACGCUAGCAACACCGUCAUUUUGCACUUGGAACCUGGCGACGAGAUUUACAUCAAGCUGGACGGAGGCAAAGCGCAUGGUGGCAACAACAAUAAAUACAGUACAUUUUCUGGGUUCAUGAUUUACGCCGAUUAA